UCGCUGACUCCGCCAGAGAGAGGUACGUCCCUCGGCCUGAUGAUUUUUGUUGACAGGUGGGACCACAGUAGACUAAUGCGCUAUCGAGCAGGCCGGGCCAGGACCUCACGACCACGUGCUGUUACAGAUCCAUUUAAUAGUGGCGGUACUCUCCUCAACCAUCGCAGCCCUUCGGCUUCAGGGAGCCUUUCACCCAACCUUUCAGCUGACGCGCGCUCUGACUCCUCCCGUUCCCUCUCGCCUCUUGACCGCUCCAGCCCCGGAAGCGGAGGAAAUUCGCCCAGUAGAAGGCGCCAGUCAACCUCAGCAGUUCCCAACAAUGUAAUUGCGCUUCGACUUGCCGAUCCAGAUUACAAUGGCCCCGGCGCCCAAGGAGAAAGUGGAGCCGGCGGAGCCAAGCGGAUUCAAAAACAUCCGGCGACAUUCCAAUGUACUCUGUGUCCCAAACGGUUCACCAGAGCAUACAAUCUGCGGUCGCAUCUCCGAACACACACGGACGAAAGACCAUUUGUCUGCACGGUGUGUGGCAAGGCGUUUGCGCGGCAGCACGAUCGCAAGCGCCACGAAGGCCUGCACUCUGGGGAGAAGAAAUUCGUUUGCAAGGGAGACCUGAAAGGUGGCGGACAAUGGGGUUGUGGCCGACGGUUCGCGCGCGCGGAUGCGCUUGGCCGGCAUUUCCGCUCUGAAGCCGGGCGCAUCUGCAUCAAACCGCUCCUUGACGAAGAGAUGCUCGAAAGGCAGCGUAUAUGGAACGAGCAGCGCAUGCAACAUGCGGCGGCGCAGGGUAUGGUCAUGCAAGCUCCCGGCAUGAUGAUGCCGCCUGGGAUGGACCCGAACGCAGGCGCAUACCAGUUAGAUGCUAGCGGCAACUAUCCACUACCGCAAGCACUGCUGGCUCAGUAUCCUGCUCUGGCCCAGAUGAAUUGGUCGGCGGCUGACAUGACAAGUGGUGGCAGUGGGAUGGAAGACGAGAUCAGCGGAAGGAGUAGCUUCGAUGCUAGUGACUACGAUGAAGGUGAUGACGGGGGUUACGUCAGUGGGCCAGGUACCGGCUUUGGUCCUGGAGGGAUGCAAGAGAAUUUUGGUGACAUCGGCUAUGCCAGCGACUAUGGUGGACGUUAAUUCUGUGCCAUGGCGUUCUAGGGUUGGGAAUUUGUUUUCUUCUGGAAGGACGGAACCUCUAGCCUGUGCUUUUUAUUUUGGGUUUCCUUUCUCUUUAUUCCGCAUUUUCUUCCCCCUUUUUUGGGUGAUCCUAUUCCAUCUGGGACAUUUAUUGUCACUGGAAAUGCCCUUGUUCCUUUUUUCGGUUCUCUCCCAUUCUACAUAGAAUGGGUCUUCAUGACAUUGAUGAUCGCAGUAGUGCACUUCUUGUCUUGCGGUCUUGUCUUGAUUAGAUGUGGUAGUGGUCCCGCUCACUGCCCUGGUUUGGGUCUCUGGUCAAGACGAGGUCUGUUUUCAAGUCUUGGCCUUUGGGAGAAUUAGUCCCUUAGAUCACAUUGCGAGCGCUUAUAGAUACCAAUAUUGACUUUUCGGCCAGU